AUGACCAUUAAUCUAUUGGAAACCUUAUCCAAAGAUUAUAAGACUCUUUUGGAAACUGGUGACUUUGCGGAUAUUGUUGUUCAGGUUGGCGACGAACCGCAUGCCAAGGCAUGGUUUAAAGCUCAUUCGCUCGUUUUGAAAGCUCGAUCUUCUUACUUUCGCACAAAGCUGGCUACGGGUUCUUCAAACGUAGUUUCGUUUAACGAACCAAAUAUCACGCCGAAAUUGUUUAGCGUGCUUCUCAUGUACAUAUACUUUGGAACCAUCGAGCUUUCUCAAUAUAAUGUACCAGAAAUUAUUUAUCUUUUGUGUGGAGCCCGCGAAUUAUGUCUCACUGAGCUAUGUGACUAUAUUCAGGAUUACUUCAUUAACCGAAAAGAACUUGUUAAAAAGCAUUUCUUUUUUGUAGCCAGAGCUUCCUACAAUCAUUUCGAAAAGUUGUCGUCAUUUUGCAACAAUAUCCUCAAAGAGGAUCCUGAGGCUUUUAUUAAUUCUCAGGAUUUUUUUACGAUUAGAAAGAAUGAGUUACUUUCAUUUUAUAAGAAUCAUCCGAACAACAUAAGGGAAAUAGUUUUGUGGGAGAAGCUUGUCGAGUGGGGAGUUUCUCAGUUCCCCUCUUUGACGACAAAUAUCGCUACGUGGACCAAUGAUGAUUUCGAAUCUCUUAGGGAAUUGAUGGAUCCAUUUAUUCAAUGCAUCGAUUUCCAAAGGGUUUCUCGUAGCGAAUUUCUCCAGAAAGUAAGGCCGUUCAAGAAACUAUUUGAUGAUGGUUUCUACAUUGAGAUCUUGGAAUAUCACACCUUCCCGGAACUCUCGGAUUCAUUAGGUGUAGCUGCUUCGUCUAGUAGCAGUUCCACGGGCUCAAAUCACGGAUUUUCAUCAAAAGCGUUUCACGACAGAUGUGACUUGAAAGGUCCAACGCUAACCUUGAUUAAUGUCUCGAAGACAGAUGAGAUCAUUGGUGGAUUCAAUCCUUUGAAUUGGGUAUUGGAUCGAUCCAAAGGGGUCUAUCAGAGGACGAGGAAUAGUUUCAUAUUCUCAUUGAACAAAAUGGAUUUAGACAAGUCCAUUUAUAGCAGAGUGGUCGACGAAACACACGCUAUCUAUUCUCACAUCGACUUUGGCCCUAGCUUCGGCGCUAGGAAGUAUGAUCUAAAACUGUAUGGAAAGUUUGACGAUGGAAAUGGAAAUUGCUGUAAUAAGAAAAGUUAUUCGAAGGGAAUUAGAAGUAGUGGCGAAAGCUUCAAAGUAAAAGAAUACGAGGUCUAUCAGGUGAUCAAGGCUUCUUGA